CAUAACAUAGAAAAGAAGACGACAAACCCUGUGAAAAACCUCAAGCGGCCAUGGAGGCGGUAUCGUCAAUGGAGUUGUCACUAUCGGAAGAUAUUCUCCGGCCGUUGUUUAAUGCUUCGAGUUCAACCGAAUUGGAACAAGCUCUGGAAAUUCUCAUAGAAUCUUCCAGAAGCGCCUCUGGCCGCUCCGAGCUUGCUUUGAAGGAUGUGCUUCCCAUAGUGCUUCGUCUAUGCCAGUCUCUCCCAUACCCUUCUGGUCGUCAAUAUCUCAUACUUUCUUUAAAGCUCCUCAGGAAUCUCUGUGCGGGAGAACGCCUCAAUCAGAACUCUUUCAUUGAACAAAAUGGAGCCGUGAUUGUUUCAAACGUUUUGAGAUCGGUUGAAAAGGCUUCUGAUCCCAAUUCGAAUUCUGGUAUCCUUCGUACGGGAGUGCAGGUUCUGGCGAAUGUUUCUUUGGCCGGAGAAGAACAUCAGAGGGUUAUUUGGGAUCGGUUGUUUCCUGAGAAAUUGCUUUUGCUUGGUACAGUCAGGAGUCGGGAGGUUUGUGACCCUUUUUGUAUGGUUCUGUAUGCCUGUAUUGAUGGAAACCCUAAGCUAGUUGUAGAGCUUUGUGGGGAAACAGGGUUGCCUAUUGUGGCUGAAGUGUUACGGACUGCGUCUGCAGUUGGAUUUGGAGAAGAUUGGUUGAAGUUGCUUCUUUCAAGAAUUUGUUUGGAAUCAGUUCAUCUCCCUUUGCUGUUCAAGAUGCUCUACGGGGUUGAAGGGACUGAGAGUCCCUUUUCAUCAGAACAAGCUUUUCUUUUGAAAAUUGUAUCGGAGAUCUUGAGUGAGCGAAUUAGAGAAAUAAGCGUUCCACAUGAUUCGGCAUUGUUUGUUCUUGAAAUAUUUAAGAAAGCUGUUGGGGUUGUUGAUUCUGUUCAGAGAGUUAAAUCUGGGCUUCCAACAGGCUCUUCUCUAAUAGAUGUUCUUGGAUACUCACUAACCAUUUUGAGAGACAUAUGUGCACAGGAUGGUGUAGUCGACCAUGGCCCGAUACCAAUGGAUUUGGUUGAUAAGCUAGUCUCCAAUGGGCUCUUGACACUGCUUUUGUGUUUGCUCCGUGUCCUUGAGCCUCCUGCAAUGAUCAGGAAAGCCAUGAAACAGAGCGAGUUGCAAGAACCAAUAAGCUCACGUUCCAGUAAACAGUGUGUCUACAUUGGAUUUCGGAGAGACAUUGUUGCAGUCAUCGGCAACUGUGCAUAUGGAAGGAAGCAUGUACAAGAUGAAAUCAGAGAGAGGAAUGCAUUGCUUCUGAUGUUGCAACAGUGUGUUGCAGAUGAUGAGAAUCCCUUUUUGAGGGAGUGGGGCAUCUGGUCUGUCCGAAAUUUACUGGAAGGGAAUGACGAAAACCAACGAGUGGUAGCUGAAUUGGAGGUUCAGGGGACUGUUGAUGUUCCAGAACUCACUGAAAUUGGUCUAAGAGUGGAGGUGGACCAUAAAACACACCGUGCAAAGCUUGUCAAUUUAUCUUGACUUUGUUUCAAGCUUGAAGAGAAAAUUUUCUCCAUAUGGGUCUUCCUUUCCCCAACAUAGAUAUUAGUUUUCCAUCUGGUUAAAUUUUCCAUGGGCCUUCUUCUACUGCUUGAUGUUGAGUUGACAUAUGGUUGCGGCAAAGCUGUCUUAUAGUGUACUUGAAGAUCAAUUGGUCUGUCAAUGGAGGUUGGAUCUACUGAAUUGAGGUUGGAUCAUUGGAACUGGACAAUGACCAUCCGGCGACAGAA